GUGUGUCAGACAUAUGUGCGACAUGGGCGGGAAUAGAUAUGUGUUUAUAAACCCUCAGUGUGUGCUUCGUGGGGCGGAAACACUUCACUGUGGCAACGAGCGGAGACGACGAGGAGAGGGGAUGGGAGACGCGUCGCAUGAGCGUCGGCUCUGGUUCCCCAAGGGUCUUUGGGGGUUUAGCUAGAGGAGGCGCGUUGCAGUCUGACCCCUCCAUACCACCUGUGUGGAUGACCACAGCGUUAAGAACCACGGUUACUCAAAGACGGAGAUGGGCGUAAUUUCAGUUGAAAACAUGUUGGAGGAGUCAAUGGCGCUUUCGAGACAGUCCGUGUCCGUGGAUCGAUAUGAGCAAGAGCUCGGCUGCGAGAGGGUGGUUAUCAACAUUUCAGGUUUGCGAUUCGAAACUCAACUAAAAACUUUCAAUCAGUUUCCCAACACGUUGCUCGGGAACCGGAGAAAGAGGAUGCGUUACUUUGACCCACUGAGGAACGAGUAUUUUUUCGACAGAAACCGACCCAGCUUUGAUGCCAUUCUCUAUUAUUACCAGUCGGGAGGGCGCAUCAGGAGACCUGUUAACGUGCCCAUUGACAUCUUCUCUGAGGAGAUCAAUUUCUAUCAACUCGGGGAAGAGGCUAUGGAAAAAUUCCGGGAGGAUGAAGGAUUCAUAAAAGAAGAGGAACGUGUUUUACCAGAUAAUGAAUUCCAAAAGCAGGUUUGGCUUUUGUUUGAGUACCCUGAAAGCUCUGGGCCAGCUAGGGGAAUAGCCAUAGUCUCCGUGCUUGUCAUUUUAAUCUCGAUUGUUAUAUUCUGUUUGGAGACCUUGCCUGAGUUUCGGGAUGACAGAGACCCUGUCACUGUGGCACUUACCGUCAACGGGACGGCCUCCUACCACGUAAAUCCAUUCACCGACCCUUUCUUUGUGAUAGAGACACUUUGCAUAAUAUGGUUCUCUUUUGAGUUGCUGGUCAGGUUCUUCGCGUGCCCCAGCAAAUCCACGUUCUCAAAAAACAUAAUGAACAUAAUCGACAUUGUCGCCAUAUUUCCCUACUUUAUCACUUUGGGGACAGAACUGGCUGAGAAGCAGGGUAACGGUCAGCAAGCCAUGUCCCUGGCCAUUCUCAGAGUGAUAAGGCUCGUGAGAGUCUUUCGCAUCUUCAAGCUCUCCAGGCACUCUAAGGGGCUGCAGAUUUUAGGGCAGACACUAAAGGCCAGCAUGAGGGAACUUGGACUGUUGAUAUUUUUCCUUUUUAUUGGAGUUAUCCUUUUCUCAAGUGCUGUUUACUUUGCUGAGGCCGAUGACCCGUCAUCCAGUUUUACAAGCAUCCCAGAUGCGUUUUGGUGGGCUGUGGUCACCAUGACUACUGUCGGAUAUGGAGACAUGCACCCUGUGACCAUUGGUGGCAAAAUUGUUGGGUCAUUGUGUGCUAUUGCCGGAGUGUUAACUAUUGCUCUCCCUGUGCCAGUUAUUGUCUCGAACUUCAAUUACUUUUACCAUAGGGAGACUGAUGGAGAAGAGCACGCACAGUACUUGCAUGUCAGCAGCUGCGAGCACUUACCCUCAGACACAGAUGAGCUGAAAAGGACUCGUAGCACCUCAUCUCUGGGCAAGUCGGAAUAUAUAGAGGAGGGCAUCAACAGUGGGUAUAAACAGCCCAACUUCACAAAUGAGAAUAACCAAAACUGCGUGAACAUCAAAAAGAUAUUUACGGAUGUGUAAACGCUUUCACUUUAUAUGGAGUAUGACGAUAGAUAUAAUACAGUUGCGACGACUAUUUUUUCUAUGAUGGCUAAUUGUGACGUGUCGGUGCAUAAUGUAUCUGCCAGGUGGAGUGUGCACCGCUAUAGUGUACCAGACAGGUUUAACCGUACUGUGAUCGUUCGAUUCGUCCUUCAGUCAAAAAUAGGUGUUGAUGUUCGGUAGUUCGAUAGGUUGUACGUGUUGCAUAUUUACCCCCCGAAUCUAAACAGAGCUGUCUUUGUGGGGGUUUUUUUGAGGGAGAAAGUUCACUUAUCAGUGUUCAGUGUUCUUGUCAUGAAUAGCAAUAUAAUCUACAAUGUCUGUAUGAUGUUAUUUUCAUCGGAUGAUAACAUAGGCUAUGGCCGGACUGAAUGGGAAACCUAUGCGUAUUGGAAAUAUCAUGGACAUAACAUACUGCACUAUGAGAGCAGACUGAGUAUUGUUUAGGCUCUUAUUGUUCUGAUCUGAUACAAAAGGGAAUUUAGGCUACGUAUUCGUUAUAUGUUUACAAUGUUACUUUUAGCAUUACAGUUUAUAGCCUAUGCCAAUUUUUGUUAAAGAUAUGGAAGGGAUCAAGACUGUGAAUGCCUUUGAUAAAAUACCUGCAUAAAAUCGAAAUGUAUCAUUACGCAGUACAUAGGCUAAAAUAUUUUGUAUAGUCUACAAUUGAUAUUGGUACUAAUCCUUGGUAAUCGAUGUAUCUUAUUAAAAUUCGAUCCAAAGGCUGUCA